CACAACACCCCGGUUGCGCAUCCCCACUUCAGCGCAGGACGAGUACGAACACACUGAAAACCUCCACCACCAUGGGCGGCGGCGGACGCGACGAGCCUCCCCCGGGAAACUCGGCGAACGGGGGCGAGUUCCUCCUGUCCCUCCUGCGACGGCCUCACCAUCCUCAGCCUCAGCCGCCACCGCGGCAGCCGCAGCCGCAGCUGCAUCCGCAGCCUCUGACCCUCGACCCGGCCGUCGCUGCCGUGGGCCCCACGAUCGCCUUCCCCGGACCGCCCAACGGCCACGAUUUCUCCCCGCCGUGGCCCCACCACGCCGCAUCCCCUCCUCCUCUCUACCCGCACAGCUUGUUCGGGGUCGCUCCCGGAGUGAACCAAUUACCCGCGAAUCAUCAUAAUCAGGGACUGCCUAUCGAUGAUUUCAGGAGGUUGGGGCUUGGAGGGUUUGACGAGAGAGGGAUUGCGCCUCACAGUCUCGCUCAACAGUUGAAGCAACUGCAGCAGCAGCAGCUGCAGCGCCAGCAGCAAGAGCAAAGUCUGCGGUUUGGCUCUUUUCCUCCUAGAAUUGUACCUUCCGAGGUUGUUUCGGUUGAGAAUUCAGUUUUUGAUUCUGCAAGAGAGCCUAACAUAGGUUCCGGUAGCAGAAGCAGUGAUAGGUUUGAGAAAAAUCGGCAAUUUGAUCCCCGAGGGAAUUCGAGCGCUCAUGUCAAUGCUUCUCGGCGUGGGAAUAAUGAGCUUGGUGAGCAGGAGAGGCGAGCAGUUGGACGGGGAAAGCAGAACCAUGCAGGGAAUGAUCGGCAUAUGCCACCAGGGUUUCCAGCGAACCCGAGUGGAAGAGGGAAUUCGGGUUUUGGUAAUAGGAGAACGGAUUUUGAGCGUAAUGUGGAUGGGGAAAAGAACAAUCGGAGCGAGUGGAAUCAUAGGAGCGUGAGUUCAAAUGACGGGCAUGUGAUAGUGAGGAGAUUUCAGUUUGAUGAUCAUAGAAUGCCCAGCAGAAACUCAGGGGGGAUGCAGCUGAGCGAGCAGCUUGAUCGCCCUGGUCCACCAACUGGGAGUAACCUCCAUUCAGUUUCUGCCUCGGACAUAGAGGAGUCUAUUGCUCUGCACCAUGGAGUUGUUGAGAAAGACGGUAAAGGAGAAGGGGAGGGAGAGGGGGCCGGGAUGAAGAGAGCUGGUAAAGUAGGUGCUAAUGAACUUGAUAAUUUGCUUGCGGACGAACUUGAUGAGAAAAAUGAGAAAAGGCAGCACCAGAGUCAUCGAGAAAAGGAUUUCAGGUCAGAUUCCAGAGGACAAAGGCUACUUACACAGCGGAUGAGGAACUUUAAAAGUUCAAUGGAGUGCCGCUGGGACAUAGACAGGUUGAAUGCUCCCUUUCUUGCAAUUUAUGAGUCCUUGAUACCACCUGAAGAAGAAAAGGCUAAGCAGAAGCAGUUGUUGACAUUGUUGGAGAAAUUAGUCAACAAAGAGUGGCCAGAAGCUCGGUUAUACCUGUAUGGAUCAUGUGCCAACUCUUUUGGGGUUUGCAAGAGCGAUAUUGAUGUGUGCCUUGCUAUUCCGGAUGCCAACAUUGAUAAAUCGGAGGUUAUACUGAAGUUAGCAGACAUAUUGGAAUCAGAUAAUUUACAAGAUGUGCAGGCACUAACACGUGCUAGGGUCCCCAUAGUAAAGCUUAUGGAUCCAGCUACAGGAAUAUCUUGUGAUAUAUGCAUUAACAAUGUUCUGGCGGUUGUUAAUACAAAGCUCCUGCGAGAUUAUGCCCGAAUAGAUGUGAGAUUGCAGCAGUUGGCAUUUAUUGUGAAACAUUGGGCAAAAUCCAGAGGAGUAAAUGAAACUUAUCAAGGCACAUUAUCCAGCUAUGCGUAUGUGCUGAUGUGCAUUCACUUCUUACAACAGCGUAGACCUGCUAUUCUUCCAUGCUUACAGGAGAUGGAGGCAACGUAUGCCGUCACUGUUGAUAAUAUAGAAUGUGCUUACUUUGAUCGAGUGGAGAAGCUCUGUGACUUUGGAUCACAUAACAGGGAAACCAUUGCACAGUUGGUGUGGGCAUUUUUUCACUAUUGGGCAUAUCGUCAUGAUUAUACAAAUACCGUCAUAUCCGUUCGCGCCGGAAGCUUGCUCAGCAAGCGGACUAAGGACUGGACAAGGAGAAUUGGGAAUGAUCGGCAUCUGAUCUGCAUAGAAGAUCCGUUCGACGUCUCGCAUGACCUGGGAAGAGUGGUGGACAAGUUCAGCAUUAAAGUACUGAGGGAGGAGUUUGAACGUGCUGCCGAGAUCAUGCAGUAUGAUCUGAAUCCCUGCGUGACGCUGUUUGAACCAUAUGUCGCCUCAUAAGUGUGAUGCUUAAUUUAAGCCAGGUUGAUAUGUAAAUCUCAUGCAUCUUAUCUAACCUGUAAAGCCCUCUCUUUAGAUUUUGAUUGGGACCUUGCCUUUGUUCAUAGUCUGUAUUGAAAGUUGUGAUUGCCUUUUUAGUUUUGCUUGUGGACUUCUAUAUGAAGGUUUUAUGGGUUGUGUCAAUUGUAAUAUUCAAAAAGACUAUCUGCAUAAAGGCCCUUCAAGAAUGAUCUUUAUCAUCAUCUUAUAUGAUUUUCUAUGGUAAAUAGAAAUUAUUUUUCU